GUUCGUGCCUUCACACGGACCUUCAUCAUUGUCCCUGCCAGCAGUUCCAGUCUGUGCAUCGUGAAUGACCAGCUGUUUGUGAGGGACGCCACCCCCGACGAGACUCAGAGAGCGUUCUUCAUGCCAGUUCCCACACCCACCUCCAGCUCCGUGCCCACCGUCUCCCAGGAGCAGCAGGAAAUGGUGCAGGCUUUCUCCACCCAGUCUGGGAUGAACUUCGAGUGGUCUCAGAAGUGCCUUCAGGACAAUGAGUGGAACUACACCAGAGCUGGUCAAGCCUUCACUACGCUCAAGCCUACGGCCAUGCCCAUGCCUGGGGUGGGAGGCCUGGCUGACCGACAGGGCAAAGUUAACUU